UUUAUGAGAAGCCACUUUACGAACUAUGUGUUCCAAAGUGCAUCUGAGGAUUUCACUUCCUUAUGUUGUUUUCUUGUCGAUUAUAUGUCCUUUAUCAAAUGGUUUCAUUCCUCAGAUCACUGAUAGAAUCGAAACGGCAGUUGUACAAGAAAAAGGUACUGCUUAUCUUAACUGUACAGCAGUCAUAGAGGAACAACAGGAGUCUGUAAGUAAACAUACGCCUUUAUAAUAUUUUGUCAAACGUAUCAUCAUUCAGUUGCGGUUCGACUGGAGAGCUAUAUUUAUUAAAUUCUAUGACACAAUUUGCAAAUUUUAUGUGUCUACAUAUAUGGACACAUACUAAAUAAAAAGUACUACUAUACGUUUUUGAUAGCUGACAGUUUUUAUAUCGUUACUGAUCAGCUCAUUUGGACUCUGAUUGCACCAUAAUAUCUCUAAAAUUGUUUCAUUUACUUUUCUGCAAAUUAGUUGGUAUCGUACUGUAGACAAACAACAAAUCUCAUCUGGUAGUACACUUAAAGAUCCUGUUCGUCGUGGUCCCCAUGGUGUCAGCAAAUAUGCAGUUAGGUUUCUUCCUGGAAGACCCAACUAUGCACCUAAUAUGGCUGGUGUCGACGUAAACAAACUACGUACCUACCAACUGAUUGUUCGAUUUGUAGAUAUUAAUGAUGCAGAUACGCAAUUCAGGUGUGUUAUUGAAUUGAGAACUACGCCAGUUGAUCAGUGGCCUGUAGCAUAUGGGAAUAUUAUUGUGAAACGCGCUCCUGAAAUUCUCCCGGGGUUGACAUCUAAAAUUGUGACGGAAGGAGACUCUUUAACGUUAGUUUGCCGGGCACAAGGCUCGCCACCACCGAUGAUAAGUUGGACUAGAGCUAAUGGAAGGCCUCUGUCACUUCCAGGUUCACCACAAAGAAUUUAUAAUUCAACACUACAUAUUCCCCGCGUUGAUCGUUAUGAUCGUGGUGUUUAUCGAUGUUAUGCAGUUAACAACGUAGCUGGGUCGGCUGAAUAUGAUGUAAUGGUGGAAGUUAAUUAUGCACCACAUGUUCGUGAGGCUCGGUUCAAGGGAGCUUAUGGACAGGCACCAGAUGGAAAUUAUGACAUGACAUUGGAAUGCAUUGUCAAUGGAUAUCCUGAUCCUGAUUUAUUAUGGUAUACUGGAAUUUAUGAUCCGAUAACUAAUAAUAAACCCCUAUUUGAUAAUAAUCGUUAUGAACUUGAAAAAGCUCAAAGUUAUGGUUCAGCUGGAACAAAUGUAACUGAUGUUUUCUCAACUCUACUAAUUCGUAAUGUACGAGUUGGUGAUUAUGGAAAUUAUUCUUGUAGAGCGGAAAACAAAUAUGGAUCAAAUUUUGUUGUACUCAGUUUAUUUUAUCAAUCAAUCUGUCAAGGUGCUUACUGUCCAAUGCUUGGGGCUGUUUCCUUGGAAGCUCGAGUUAAUGAAGAUGGAACUUCAGUUAUCAACUAAUUUAAUAAUAAGCUAUGAAAUUGUCACAGUGUUUUUUAUCUCUAUCUUGUUAUUUUCGACUUUUAAAUUUUUUCUGUCAUGUAGAUACAAUAACUAUUUUAAAAUAAACAUUUUAUAUUUAUACUACUUUCUUCAGUAUAGGGUUGUGGAGAGUGUUGAAUUUCAUUGAAAUCAUGAACUGAUCAAUUUUAGAUCACCAUUAGAGACCAUGAAGCACUUAACGGCCGCUUCUUCCUAGUAUGGGACUCCUCAGCAGUGUGCAUCUGUGAUCACGCAUGCGAGAAUAGAACUCAGGACUUUCAGUCUCGCACGCGAAUACUAAACCUCUAAACUAUUGAGCCGACAUCCAGAAGUGUUAAUGCUUAACUCUAAUCGAUCCACAACAUUGAGCGAUAUUUUCCAUUGUCUAUGGCAGGCAACUGCUUCAUACUCAACACGAAUGAAAUCCGCUGGUCACAGAUUCUCAUUAGAACAAUUGAAGAUGGUUGCACAAUAUCGCGGAUUGUUUGAAUUUAGCCAUUAACACCGUUGGAUGACAGCUUAGUGAUCUAGAAGUUAAGAGUUUAUGCGCGAGACCGAAAGUUCUGGGUUAGAAUUCCGCGUGCAAAAUCAUGGAUGGGCGCUUCGGCAGAGUCCCAUACUAAGAUGAAACGACCAUCCAAAGCUCCCAGGUUUCCAGUGAUGGUCUAACAUUGAUUGGUAUAUAUAUAUAUACUACUUUUAAUUGAUAAGUAUCAUAGUUCCCGUAAUAACAUUUUCAAUGUGACGUUCGCUUUAUUUGCUGAAUAUAACAUUUCAUACACAUAGUUCUCUUUAUCAUUUUGAAAAGAGCAAG